AUGGCACCGCGGCCAAGUCGUGGCCACGCACCGUUGAGGAAUGGUGCUGGAGGAGGAGGAGUACAGCCGUCCGCGGCCGAGGGCCCCUUGGCGACGACGUGCGACGAGUGGACAGGGAAUGACGACUUCAUCGCUGCUGGGUUGUCCCCGGAGAGGGACGAUGACGGCCGUGACCCCUUUGAUGUGUUUGUCGACGCAUCCGGUGGCGGCGGGUCACAGCCUCCCGUGAACGACGUCGAUCCCGUCGAUGCGGUGGACUCCAACACCCACACCACGAGCACUGGUGUUAAUGGUAAUGGUGAUGGUAAUGCUACUCCUUCUCCUUCCUCUGGUACAUGUGGUAAGCGACGGUCUAAGUGUUGGGAAACAUUUGAUGAGGUUUUUGAGAUGAUAAAUGGUAAUCGUGUGCGUGUUAAAGCUAUCUGUAAGAUUUGUAAAAAAGUUUUGAGUGGUAGAUCUGCUGCUGGUACUGGCCAUAUUCUUAGGCACGCUAAAGGUUGCCUUGCUAAACUUGAUCAGCAAAAUAAGGUUCAGUCUCGACUAGCUUUUAGUUCUGAUGGGGCUUUGCAUAAUUGGAACUAUGAUCCUACUGUUGCUAGAACUGAACUGUGUAGAUUGAUUGCUAGGCUUGAUCUUCCUCUUGGUUUUGGUGACACUGAUGCAUUUGAAGAAUACAUUGUUCGUGCUCAUAAUCCAAGAUUUGUUAGAUCAUCUAGAAGAACCACCACUAGAGAUCUAGAUAAGUUAUUUGCUGAACGUCGUGCUAUGAUUAGGAACUGUGUGCAUGCUUCAUCAUCUGUUGCUUUGACUUCUGACAUAUGGUCUGGUAAUGCUAAGGAGGAUUACAUAUGUGUUGUUGCUCACUAUGUAAAUUCUAACUGGGAGUUGCAAAAGAAGAUUAUAGGUCUUAGGUUGAUUGAAGUUAAGCAUAAUGGUGAAAACAUUUCUGCUGCCAUUGCAUCUGUGGUUGAGGAAUAUGGCUUGAUUGAUAAGAUCUUUUCUAUCACUUUAGAUAAUGCAUCUUCCAAUGCUAAGGCAAUGGAAACUUUGACACCCAUGUUUGCUGGUUAUCUUGGUCCUGACCCUGCACCUGAUGAUGAUGAUCCUAUUAAUAGAUCUUACAGUCUUGUGCAUCAACGUUGUGCUUGUCACAUUAUUAAUUUGAUAGUUAAAUCUGCACUAAAAAGAAUCAAACCUUAUAUAGAGGACUUUAGAACUGCAAUUAAUUUCUUGAACUCCUCUAAUCAAAGAGUUGCUAUGUUUAAGAACUACUGUGAAGCUAAAGGUAUGAGGCCUAGAAAAUUUGGCUUAGACAUGGAUGUUAGAUGGAAUGCUACUUAUCUCAUGCUUAAACAUUUGGUUCCUUAUCGUGAAGUAUUUUCUGUGUUCAUAAAUUCAAAUUAUGGUAGUGCCCUGUUGUCUCAAGCUCAUUGGCAUGUGGCUGAGAAAAUAUUGGAGUUCCUGGAACUCUUUUAUGACUGUACUGUUACACUAUCUGGUGUUUAUUAUCCUACCAGUCCUCUUGUUCUGCACCAUGUUCUGGAGAUUGCAACUCAUUUACAUGCUUGUGAAAGAGAUCUUAAUCUGAGAGCCUUUGUGUUUCCUAUGCAAAGUAAGUUUCUUAAGUAUUGGAAGGACAUUCCUAUGUUAUAUUCAUUUGCAUUCAUUCUUGACCCUAGAGCUAAGCUCAGAGGUAUGCAAAGGGUCCUCCAUUUACUUCAUGAAUGUAGUGGUACUGAUUACACUGUUUACUAUGCUGAUGUGAAAACUGAGUUGCAUAAAUUGUUUGAGAAAUAUUUGAGAAAGUAUGGUGCAUCCUCUAAUCAAAGAGUUGCUGGUCCUACCCCAGUCACUGGUAAGAGAAAACAGGCUUGGGGGAGAAUUUUUGGAGGAUCAGAUCUACCUGGUCCUUCAUCUGCCUGUUCUUCUUCUCAAUCUACUGCUUCUGAACUUGCAAGCUAUUUGGACAGCGACUGCAUAACUUCUUAUGAGGAUGGUUUUGACAUUAUCCUAUGGUGGCGUGAUCACAAACUAACCUAUCCCAUCCUGGCUAUUAUGGCCAGAGAUAUCAUGUCAGUUCCUGUUUCCACCUGUUCUUCAGAGUCUUGUUUCAGUUUAUCUGGAAGGAUCCUAGAAGAACGACGCCGAAGCUUGAAACCCGAACAUGUGGAGAUGCUAACCUUGUUGAAGGACUGGGAGCUAGGAGAGAAGAGGGAACAACAUCAAGCUGCUGAUAACAAGGAAAUCGAAGAUGCCUUUGAGAAUUUGUUCCUGGAUGAACCUGAAGUUGCAGAUGAGGGUACUGGUGGCUGA